AUGUACCUGAGCAAAGCUACCGACGCAGACUGGGCCUACCCAUCUACGGAGCCUACAGCCAGUGGUUUCUUGGAUGUGACGGAUGGCCACUCGAUCCAUUGGCAGGAGUACGGUCAUCUAGAGGGCGAGCCGGUGCUCUGCCUGCAUGGUGGCCCAGGCGGUGGCCUAGACACCGAGGUGUGCCGCUUCUUCGAUCCUCAGCGAUUCCGUGUGCUGACAUUUGAUCAGCGUGGGUGUGGCAAGAGCACGCCUUCGGCGUCGGACGAUGAUGCGAAGGCAGCGCUGACGAACAACACGACGUCGUGCCUCAUUGAGGAUAUUGAGAAGCUACGUGCGCACCGUGGCAUUACCGGGAAGAUGCAUGUGUUCGGUGGCAGCUGGGGCAGCACGCUUUCGCUGGUCUACGCCAUUGCGCACCCUGAAAAUGUUCUCUCGCUUCUUUUGCGUGGUAUUUUCCUGUGCCGGCGCAAAGACCUCGACUUUUUCUACCAGGGCAACGCAGCGACCUACGCCCAAGAUCCUCUGGAUACUUCCAUUCCUGGCAGCUACAUGUUUUUCCCGGACGAAUGGGCGCAGUACGUGCAAGUGAUUCCCGAAGAUGAGCGACAUGAUAUGAUCGCUGCGUACGACCGCCUCUUUUCGCGUACGCCUGCGAACGAGGCCGAAUUGCAACAGCAGAUUGAGGCGGCGCGCGCGUGGUCGACUUGGGAGGGACUUACCAGCAACGUCUCGAUCGAUACGUCCAAAGCCAACCCGUACGCGGACACGCGCUUUGCGAAGGCGUUCGCACGUAUUGAGAACCACUACUUUAUCAACGGUGCUUUCCUGGGCGGCGCUGGCCAGGCUAACCGUUCUCAAAACUUCAUCUUGGAGCAGGCACACCGCCUCGCCUCGAUUCCUACGUACAUUGUCCAUGGCCGCUACGAUAUGGUAUGCCCUCUCUUCCAGGCUGAAGAGCUGGUGGCUGCGCUGCACCAGGCCGGCAACCAGGAUGUCCACCUUGUGCGUACGCCGGCCGGCCACAGUAUGACGGAGCGCGAAAACUGCUUGGCAUUGACGGAUAUCAUUGCAAAGCUACCUGUCCCUUAG